UUGAGAGCUUGGAGGCAAGAUGCAGGACCCCAAUGCAGACACCGAGUGGAAUGACAUCUUACGCAAAAAGGGCAUCUUGCCUGCGAAAGAAAGUCUGAAAGAAUUGGAAAAAGAGGCGGAAGAGGAGGAGCAGCGAGUCCUUCAGCAGUCAGUGGUGAAAACCUAUGAAGACAUGACUUUGGAAGACCUGGAGGAGAAUGAAGAUGAAUUUAAUGAGGAGGAUGAACGUGCUAUUGAAAUGUACAGGCAGCAAAGACUGGCUGAAUGGAAAGCAACUAAACUGAAGAAUAAAUUUGGAGAAGUUCUGGAGAUCUCGGGAAAGGAAGAAGUCACCCAAGCCGGUGAGGGCUUGUGGGUAAUCUUGCACCUUUAUAAACAAGGGAUUCCUCUCUGUGCCCUGAUAAAUCAACACUUAACUGAACUUGCCAGGAAGUUUCCUGAUGUCAAAUUUAUGAAAGCCAUUUCAACAACCUGCAUACCCAAUUAUCCAGAUAGGAAUCUGCCCACAAUAUUUGUUUACCUUGAAGGUGAUAUCAAGGCUCAGUUUAUUGGUCCUCUAGUGUUUGGUGGCAUGAACCUGACAAGAGAUGAGUUGGAGUGGAAAUUUUCUGAGUUUGGAGCAAUCAAGACGGACCUGGAGGAAAACCCUAAGAAACCGAUUGAAGACGUAUUGCUGACCUCUGUUCAGUGUUCUGUCCCCAUGAGGAGGGACAGUGAUUCUGAAGGUGACUGAGGCUACAGCCACUGUAACUUGCUGAACUUUCUUUGGUAUGACCAAUCAUCUGGAUUUUUUUUAAAAAGGAAAGAGCACUAAUGAGUCCUUUUGUUUUUUAGUCUUUUAUAAUUGUUUCAUAUCUCAUACAUUUCAGAAAUAAUCAUUGCUGGUAAUUCUAUUAAAUUUCUUGGAACUCUUUUUAAAUUAGUAACAUUUCCUUUAAA